AUGAUUCCACGUAACUCUUUUUGGUCUGCAGCACCAAUCGUACCUACUUUUAUAGAAUCAAAUCCAAAUUCUGACGAUGAAUUGGAUAUUGGUAAUGGCCAAGAUUAUCAAAGUAGCAUUGAACAUUUUGAUAGUUCCUUCGAUUCUUUAUUAAUAAAACAAAAUGAUCAUCAUGAUCCUUUAAACAGUAUCGAAUUGAGUGAUUUAGUAAAUAUUGAUGACUUUUUAUCAAUUUAA